AUGGUCUCCGCGGGGCCACUCGCUCUCGCCAGCAGGUGCGGUCGGGCUCCGCAGCGCGGCCCGUCCGCACCUGCCGGCGAGGAAGAGCGGCCCCGCAGAGGAUGCGAGGCGGCCGCCGGUCCUUUACUGCGGAGCAGCUCCGUUCCUCCGCGCCCGAGCUGCGAGAGGCGUCUUGUCGUCGCCGGCGGCGAGCGACCGCGAGGGUUUCCCCGCUUCCCUCUCUCCCAGCUGGCCCGUCUUCCCCCCGCGGGGUGCGGGGACACCGCGGGUCCCCGCGACACCCGCUCCCGCCGCCGCUCGGGGCGGAAAAGCGGCCGCGCGGCCCCCGAGGGGACGCGCCUCCUCGACGGCGGCGGCUCCGUGCGGCCGAGGGCGGGCGAGGGGCGCUCGGCAGCGCGCACGCGGUGGCGGGGGCGCGAGGCCGCCGUGCGGGUCCCCCCGGGGGUCGCUCCGCGGCGGGACGGGGCGUGCGGGGCGGCCGCGGGUGGGAGCGCGCAACAAGUGCGCGGAGGGAGGCGAAGGCUGCGGGGGCAGCCGACGGGAGGCGUGUGGGGCCGGAAUGAGGCGCCCCACGUGACGCUGGCGGGGCGGGCGAACUCCGAGCCAUUUUGGGGACGGUGUCAGUUUCCACUGUGUGCCUUCAGCGUUGCAUUCUUCCCUCCUCCGCCCUCCUCCCGCCCGCCCGCUCGCCCGCCCUCCUUCCCUCCCCGGGUCCCCGCCACCAACUAUGAAAUAACAACAACAAUAAUACUCGUAAUAAUAACAAUAAUAAUAAAAGAAGGAACGCGAGCGAGGCCGCGAGGCGGAGCGGGGGGCAGAGGGAGAGACAAUGGGCUGGUGGAGAGAGGACCCAUCCGGACCGGGGAGACUGUGCGCUCCCAGCGCCUGAGCCGCCCGGGCGGCCAACUCGGAGGGAGCGAGAGAGCGAGGGAGCGAGCGAGAAGGGCCCGCGAGGAGCGGCGGAGACCCGGGCGUUCUGUAACUAAAAUGAGCGGAGCGCAGCGGCGGCGGCGGCAAUAAGCUUAUUGCAAUUGACAGCGUCUG